AUGUCCUUCAAUAAUGUUUUAUGGAACAUCGCACCAAAGACUGAUUUUGUUGGACUUGAAACAUUAGAAAUAUCAGCAUAUAUAGCGUGCAUUAUGUUUUCGAUUGGCUGGAAAGGAUUAUUAUUUCUCAUGUCUAACCUUGAUAUUGAACCUGGCAAAAAUGCAUUAUCUGCUGCAGUGAUAAAGGACCAAUUACGUAUCAAGGAAGCUGAGAAACAAACAGAAAUGAAUUCAAAAGAAGCACGAAGAUUGAGAAGGCAAUUGAAUAUUCCCACUGCUGAUAAUGAAUAUGGCAGUUUGGAUACUAACGGCAGAGGCGACGCACUGCUGCAGUAUCUGGUAACGACGAGUCUGUAUAUUAUGAACAGGGGCAGAGAACCUACCUUCUGCAAUUCGGUUAGAAGUGAGGUGAUUGACCUAACUCUGUGUACAGUUGGAAUGGAGGGGUGGGUGGGCAGCUGGCGGGUAUCUAACGAACCUUCACUGUCCGACCACAGAUACAUCCAAUUCGAAUGGAAGGAAAGAUGCUCGGAAACAAGAGCCUUUAGGAAUCCCAGGAAAACAGACUGGGCGUUCUUUAGGGAAAACCUUAGGAACAAGCUUCAAUCCUUCAAACCAAGCUUUGGAACAACGGAUGAGCUUGAUCAUUGGGCAUUUGAGCUAGGUGAGAUAGUAAACAUCUCUUUCCAGAGAAGCUGUCCCUGGACCAUCCCAAAGGGAACAUGGGGUACCCCAUGGUGGAACUGGGAGCUAGAGGAUCUGCGACGUGAAACGGGGAGGACCUUUAACAGGGACAAGAAUACUCGCAAUAUUGUCGAUUGGCGGAUUCUCAGAGAAGCCCAGAGGCUAUAUAAAAACCGCAUCAACGUGGUAUGGCUUGAAGCAAUCAGACUGCCUACAGGAGAAUACACAACCUCGGAAGAGGAGUGUUUAAAACUACUUCUGGAAGCCAACUUCCCGGGCUUCCGGCUCUCCCAUGAGAUGGAGAAUGAGAGCUCGGGUAGGAAUAGGCAGCCGAGGGCGGCAUGGGAUCUGGCGGCGAAGGCGCCGGGCAUCGACGGAAUCUACUCGGCAUUCCUUCAAGAGGGGCUGGAGGGACUGGUUGGCCCCUUAGUAAAGCUCUUCAGAGCAAGUGUAGCUUUGGCUCAUGUACCUGAAAUAUGGAAAACGGCCAAGGUUGUGUUUAUUCCUAAGUUAGGGAAGUCAAGUCACGCCACCGUCAAGGAUUAUAGACCUAUAAGUCUUAACUCCUUUGUGUUCAAGACACUAAAAAGAUUGGUGGAUAGAUUUAUUCAAGACGAUAUACUAACCGUGCUUCCUCUUCACCCUAACCAGCAUGCGUACAGGACGAGAUUCUCUACAGAGACUGCCUUACACUCGGCGGUUUGGCGCAUUGAGGAGUAG